AAUCGUUUUUACAAGCUGAUCCGUGGCGACGCCAAUGUACAAUAAAUUAACAUUUUUUUGAAAGAAACACAUUGCAGUGCUUUAUUUAACACUAUGAGCGUUAUCUUUGGGAGUAAAUCGCAUUCCCUCACGAGUAACAGAAAAGGACAAACACACAGAAAAACUGGUUAAGCGGCUGAGAUCCUCGUGACACUAUUAUAAAGAUGGCAUUUAUUAAAGAGGAGAGUGAAGACAUGGAGAUUGAAGAAACAUUCAGUGUGAAACAAGAACAUACUGAGGAACAAACAGACUUGAUGGGCCUGAAAGAGGAGACUGAAGUACUGAAUGAAAUGGAAGGGAAAGAUCAAUAUAACAAUCAUCAUAAUUUCACUACUGGAGAAAAAACUUUUAGUUGCUCACAGACUGAAAAGACUUCCUCUCAAAAAAUGGCUCAAACACCUGGGACUAGAAGUAAUGUCACCUGCCAACAGUGUGGAAUAAGUUUCACUCAAAACGAAAGCUUUUACAGACACAUGAAAAUUCACACUGCAAAGCCCUACAUGUGUUUUCAGUGUGGAAAGAGUUUCAAACAGAAAGGACACUUUAUAGACCACAUGAGAAUUCACACUGGAGAGAAGCCUUUCACCUGUCAACAGUGUGGAAAAAGUUUCAACCAAAAAGGAGUCCUAAACAGGCACAUGAGAAUUCACAAUAGAGAGAAGCCUUACACAUGUCCUCAGUGUGGAAAGAGUUUCACUGAACACGGAAAUCUUGAAGUCCACAUUACAAUUCACACCGGAGAGAGGCUUUACACCUGCCAACAGUGUGGAGUAAGUUGCACUCUAAAAGGAAGCCUUAACAGGCACAUGAGGAUUCACACUGGGGAGAAGCCUUACACCUGCCAACAGUGUGGAAAGAGUUUCAUUCAGAAUGGACACUUUAAAGACCAUUUGAGAAUUCACUCCGGAGUGAAACCAUACAAUUGUCCUCAGUGUGGAAAGAGUUUCAACCAGAAAGGAAUCCUUAACAGGCACAUGAGAACUCACACUGAAAAGAAGCUUUAUGUGUGCCCAGAGUGUGGAAAGAGUUUUGAUCAACAUGUAAACCUUAAAUACCACAUGAUAAUUCACACGGGAGAGCAACGUUUCGCCUGCCAACAGUGUGGAAAAUGUUUCAACAGAAAAGGAAACCUUAAUGCCCACAUGAGAAUUCACCCUGGAGAGAAGCCUUACAUACGCCAACAGUGUGGAAAGAGUUUCAUUCAGAAAGGACAACUUAAAGACCACUUGAGAAUCCAUUCUCGAGAGAAACCCUACACUUGUCCUCAGUGUGGAAGGAGUUUCAAUCAAAUAAGACACUUUAAAGUCCACAUGAGAGUUCACACCGGAGAGAAGCCUUACACCUGCAAACAAUGUGGAAAAAGUUUCAACCAGAAAGGAACCCUUAACAGGCACAUGAUAGUUCACAUCAGGGGAAAGCUGUUUAUAUGUGGUCAGAGUGGAAAGAGAUUCUGAAAUAAAGAAACCCUUAGGUACCAAAUGAGUAUUCAUGUAUGAGAGAACGGUUUUAUGUGUCUUCAGUGUGGAAGGAGUUUUACAUACAUUAAUCAUUUUAGGAUUCAUGCAAUAACUCCUAUAAAUCAAUAAAUCAAGUAAAAAGAC